AUGCCCGCCCACGACACCAAGAAGCCAGCCCCGGUGGAGACAUGGCGCCACUUCUCCGACUCCGAGCGUGCGCGUCGUGCCCGUGCCCCUACCUUCUCCCGCUGCUCACGCUGCUGCCCUGCUGCCUCGUGCGGCCGUGCAGUCCCAUCCUCGGCAGCGGGCGGGCACUGCAGGUGGCCAUACGUCGGAUGCGACGAUGCCGGGCGCGUCAUGAACCUUACCAUCACGAGCGCCAGCGUCAAGGGCCCUUUCCCAGACGCCGUUGGCGGCCUCUCGGCCCUGGCCUACCUCGACGUCUCCAACAACAACAUUUCCUGCGCGUUCCCGGCCACGCUCUAUCGCUGUGCUUCGCUUGAGCACCUGGACCUGUCGCAGAACAACUUCAGCAACUUCCCGAGCCCUGUGUUUGAGAUGUCGGAGUUGGAGGUACUGGACCUGUCAUUGAACGCGUUGACGGGAAGCCCUUUCCCAGACGCUGUCGGCGGCCUCUCGGCCCUGACCUACCUCGACGUCUCCAACAACACCAUCUCCGGCGCGUUCCCGACCACGCUGUAUCGCUGCGCUUCACUCGACUACCUCGACCUGUCCUGCAACAACUUCAGUGGUGAAAUAGUUGUUCAUGAGUUCGCCGCAAAGAGCUUAAGAUAUAUCGCCAUUUGUGAGAAUUAUAACCCUACUGCAGGAAGCAUCCCGGAAGCCGUUGGGCAUUUGGAAAACCUUGCAUGCCUGUACCUCUUCAACAACCACCUCUCUGGCGAGAUACCGGCGAGCAUCGGCCGAAUACCCUCACUGUAUGUAUUGAACCUAUCCAAUAACAGGUUUAAUGGCACCCUCCCGUCGGAACUUGGGAAGCAUUCGGAGUUGGGUUUUGUCGUUGCUAAUUAUAACGAGCCUGGUGCUCCGAUCGUUGAUGGUGGCGUCCGUGGGCAUCAUUUUCGUUGA